CCGCCGGGCACAGCCGCUCCCGCCGGCCGCCUCCGACCGGCGCUGCCCCGCGCCCCGCGCACGAUAAGCAGUUUCUGAGGACUGAAGGACCUGCAAAGGGACACCUGCUUUUGAGGCUGCAGAGGUGCUGCAAUGGCUGAGCUGGAGCACAACCUCAGCCUGGCGGACGCUCUGACGGAGCCGCCCCACGAGAUCGAGGAGGAGGUGAAAAGGGACUUCAUUGCCACGCUGGAGGCAGAGAAAUUCGAUGAUGUGGUUGGAGAGACGGUGGAUAAAACAGACUAUGUGCCACUGCUGGAUGACGAGGACGAGGCGAAGCCUGGCAGCCAGGAGCCCAGGGGCAAAGCCCACCCCGAUGGAAUUCAGGUGGAACACUCCUCAGCCUGUGGCCCCACGGUGGUGGAGAACGGAGACCAUGGCCUGGGAGAUCAUCACACAGUGUUCCCAGGAGAAAUCAUGGAUGAAAAGCUGUCUUACAAGGAGUUCCUCGACCGCAACGACUCCUGGGCGACGGACGAGCGGGAGCUGCGCUUCGACCCGCAGCCCGUGUUCAAGCCCAUGGAGAUGGCUGACCCCUUCAACAUGCACAGAGGGGAGAACCUGCCGGAUUUGUCCUUCCCUGCUGACAUGAGGAACGUGCCGCUGUUCCCGGGCCACGGGGAAGCUCCCAGAGACAUCCUCACCCCACACGGCCCGAUGAUGGUACCUGACCAGCCUUUCUUGGGGCCCAUGUAUUCUCCUGCAGAGGCUCUGGACCCGUCAGCCUUCAUGGGCCUGGAUUCAAGCACAGAAUUCCUGCAGGACAAAGCAGGUCCUGAAGAAUAUUGGAUGGGAGCUCAGCAGGACAUGAAGGGACCAGAUGCCUCUUUCUUUGUUGAGCCACCAGUGCCCCCUGUAACCACAGAAGCAAUAAAGGCGAGUUUGCCCGAGAGCCCCCCGGCCGUGCCCCCCGGCUCUGCUCCUGCUGCAGGCUCAGCAUUCCCGGGAGAGCCCGGAGCUGCCCACGGACCAAAAGGUGCAGCCCCCGAGGCCACGCCCGUUCCUGCAGAAAAAGCUGGCUCUGUCCAUGCAGGAGACACCAGCCCUGCCCAAGCUCUGGAUGCUGGAUUUGCACCCUCAGCAGCAGCCAACCCUUUCCAGGCCAUGGAUGUUGGGUUUUCUCCUGCCCCUGAAGCCAAGUCUCCCAAAGCUGUUAAUGACAAAUCCAGCCCGGGGACAGACCUUGGCUUCUCCCCCACAACAGAUGCUCCAUCCCACCAUGCCAUGGAUUUGGGGUUUACCCCAGCAGAAGGUAUGGAAUCCCACCAUGCCAUGGAUUUGGGAUUUGCCCCAGCAGAAGGUAUGGAAUCCCACCAUGCCAUGGAUUUGGGAUUUGCCCCAGCAGAAGGUAUGGAAUCCCACUAUGCCAUGGAUUUGGGAUUUGCCCCAGCAGCAGAUGCAGAACCUCAACAUGCCUUGGAUUUGGGAUUUGCCCCGGCAGCAGAUGCUCCAUCCCACCAUGCCUUGGAUUUGGGGUUUGCCCCAGCAGCAGGUGUGGAGUCCCACCAUGCCAUGGAUUUGGGGUUUGCCCCGGCAGCAGAUAAUAAACCUAACCACACCAUGGAUUCUGAGUUUGCCCCAGCAGCACAAGUCAACCAUCACCAUGCCAUGGAUUUGGGAUUUGCUCCAGCAGCAGAUAAUAAAUCUGACCAUGUUAUGGGCUCUGAGUUUGCCCCAGCAGCAGAAGUCAACCACCACCAUGCCAUGGAUUCUGAGUUUGCUCCUGCAGCAGAAACCAAGCCUCUUCCCACCCUGGAUUCUGGAGCUGUCCCUGCAGCUGACCCCAAAAUUGCUGUGCCUGGAGAGCCAGUGACAUCUGGGUCUGCCCUUCAGCAGGACAAGUCUCCCUUGGACAAGUCUCCUGCAGAAGCAACGGCAAAGGUGGACCAAGAAUCCAAAGUCCCAGAAGCUCGUGUGGAUCAUUUAGAGGACACCAAGGACACCAAACCCCCUCCCAGCCCCUCCAAGGAGCCCCUUCCCGGGCAAACCAACCACCUUCCGGAACCAGCAGCUCCAGCAGGAGCAAAAGAAGACGUUGCACUAGAAAAUAAAGACCUUCCAGAAAAGUCUGUCCCUGCUGUGGUUGUGGAGGCACAAAAGGAGGAACCUGAGCACAACCACGUGGAACCUCAGCAAGGAGAGGCCCUGCCAGAGCCUACAGUGAAAGCAGAGGAGCCCAAACCAGCGGAAGCUGUGACAGGGAAUGACAUCACAGCUCCUCCCAACAAGGAGCUUCCUCCCAGCCCGGAGAAGAAGACCAAGCCCUCUGCAUCCACCUCCUCUCCAAAGCCGGCAGCAGCGAAGGCCAAGCCCUCGGCCACCACCAGCCCCAAGCGCCCGGGCUCGGCCACCUCAGGCCCAAACAAAAAAGCCACGAGCCCGACUGCAGGUCCUGCAGCCAGCACUGCCAAACGCCCCGGCACCAGCACCACCCGUCCCUCCUCCUUAGCUGCAAAAGAGACUAAACCAAAGGUUGCGGAUGCGAAGCCCACGGAGAAGAGGAGCUCCCUCUCCAAGCCUCCAUCCUCCACCACUCCCAAGACUCCUCUCAAGAGCUCCCCAGCUGCUCCCAAGACCACGGCGGCGUCUCCGGUCACGGCAGCUCCGGCUGCCAAAACCACCUCGGCCGCGACCCCCAAGAGGCCGUCGUCAAUCAAAACCGACGGGAAGCCGGCGGAGGCCAAGAAGACCUUGGCAAAGUCUCCAUCAGCGGACUCGAGCCGCCCCAAGAGCGCGGCCGGCAAUGCCACCAAGAGCAGCGCCACCACUCCUUCCACCGCGGCCUCCAGCACUCCCAGCGUGCCCGGGGCGGCCACCAGUCGCCCCAAACCCAAGGCUGCCGCAUCCAAACCCACCUCGACCUCCGCCGCCUCCGCGGACGCUAAAAAACCCCCCGCCAAGGCCCCCGGCAAGCCCAGCUCCGCGGCCAAGCCGCCCCGGCCCAGCAGCAGCGCCUCCGCCCCCGACCUGAAGAACGUGCGCUCCAAGGUGGGCUCCACGGACAACAUCAAGCACCAGCCCGGCGGGGGGAAGGGGAAAGUAGAGAAAAGGCCCGACCCAGCCGCCGCCGCGCCCAGGCCCGAGCCCAGCGCGGGCACUAAAGUGGCUCCUCCCAAAACAGCCGUAUCAAAAGAGGGGGUCCCCAAACAGCCCAAUGGGAAAGUCCAGAUAGUCUCCAAAAAAGCGAACUACAGCCAUGUUCAGUCCAAGUGUGGUUCCAAGGACAAUAUUAAGCAUGUCCCUGGAGGUGGGAAUGUAAGUAUGGGCUCUGGGCAAGCUGUCUGUCUACUAACUCCUUCUCUUGUACCAUGUUGUUGUGUCACUCUCAAGAAUGCUCUGUUGGAGGCACAAAGGAGGGAACCAGAUGAGGGUCCUUAA